CUAGGCGCCCGAGCAGCGCGCGCCGCCCCGGCAGCUAGCCGCGCCGUGCGAGCUGAGAGCGCAUCGCAUCGCCCAGCAGCCGAAGCCGAAGCCGGAGCCCCAGCGGGAGGCGCAGCCAGAGCCGGGUCGUUCGGAGCCCGCGAGCAAUGAUGUCAUCCUACAAGCGGGCCACGCUGGACGAAGAGGACCUGGUGGACUCACUCUCCGAGGGCGACGUGUACCCCAAUGGCUUGCAGGUGAACUUCCGAAGUCCCCGGAGUGGCCAGAGGUGCUGGGCGGCUCGGACCUCAGUGGAGAAGCAGCUGGUAGUGCUGGUGGCACUUCUGGCAGCAGGGUUGGUGGCCUGCCUGGCAGCCCUGGGCAUCCAGUACCGGGCAAGAACGCCUCCAGUAUGUCUGAGUGAGGCCUGCGUCUCAGUGACCAGCUCCAUCCUAAACUCCAUGGACCCCACAGUAGACCCCUGCCAGGACUUCUUCAGCUAUGCCUGUGGGGGCUGGAUCAAGGCCAACCCCGUGCCCGAUGGACAUUCACGCUGGGGGACCUUCAGCAACCUCUGGGAACACAAUCAAGCCAUCAUCAAGCACCUGUUGGAAAAUUCCACGGCCAGCGUGAGUGAGGCAGAGAGGAAGGCCCAAGUGUACUACCGUGCGUGUAUGAACGAAACUAGGAUUGAGGAGCUUCGGGCCAAGCCCCUGAUGGAGCUGAUUGAGAAGCUUGGAGGCUGGAAUAUCACAGGACCCUGGGCCAAGGACAACUUCCAGGACACGCUGCAGGUGGUCACAGCCCACUACCGCACCUCCCCCUUCUUCUCCGUCUAUGUCAGCGCCGACUCCAAGAACUCCAACAGCAAUGUGAUCCAGGUGGACCAGUCCGGCCUCGGCUUGCCCUCUAGGGACUAUUACCUGAACAAGACGGAAAAUGAGAAGGUGCUGACUGGAUACCUGAACUACAUGGUCCAGCUGGGGAAGCUGCUGGGUGGUGGGGAUGAGGACUCCAUCAGGCCCCAGAUGCAGCAGAUCCUGGACUUUGAGACAGCGCUAGCCAAUAUCACCAUCCCCCAGGAGAAGCGCCGUGAUGAGGAGCUCAUCUACCACAAAGUGACGGCUGCCGAGCUGCAGACCUUGGCACCUGCCAUCAACUGGUUGCCCUUUCUCAACACCAUCUUUUACCCGGUGGAGAUCAAUGAGUCUGAGCCCAUCGUGGUCUAUGACAAGGAGUACCUGGGACAAGUCUCCACCCUCAUCAACAACACCGAUAAAUGCCUGCUCAACAACUACAUGAUGUGGAACCUGGUUCGGAAAACAAGCUCCUUCCUGGAUCAGCGCUUUCAGGAUGCCGAUGAGAAGUUCAUGGAGGUCAUGUACGGGACCAAGAAGACCUGCCUCCCCCGCUGGAAGUUUUGCGUGAGUGACACAGAGAACAACCUGGGCUUUGCCCUAGGCCCCAUGUUUGUGAAAGCAACCUUUGCUGAAGACAGCAAGAACAUAGCCAGCGAGAUAAUCUUGGAGAUCAAGAAGGCAUUUGAGGAGAGCCUGAGUACCCUGAAAUGGAUGGAUGAAGACACCCGGAGAUCAGCCAAAGAAAAGGCGGAUGCCAUCUACAACAUGAUAGGCUACCCCAACUUCAUCAUGGACCCCAAGGAGCUGGACAAAGUGUUCAAUGAUUACACAGCAGUUCCUGAUCUCUACUUUGAGAAUGCCAUGCGCUUUUUCAACUUCUCAUGGAGGGUCACAGCCGACCAGCUCAGGAAAGCCCCCAACAGAGAUCAGUGGAGUAUGACCCCACCCAUGGUGAAUGCUUACUACUCACCCACCAAGAACGAGAUUGUCUUUCCCGCUGGAAUCCUGCAGGCGCCAUUCUAUACCCGCUCUUCGCCCAACGCCUUGAACUUCGGUGGCAUUGGUGUCGUGGUGGGCCAUGAGCUGACUCAUGCUUUCGACGAUCAAGGUCGGGAGUACGACAAGGAUGGGAACCUCCGGCCCUGGUGGAAGAACUCGUCUGUGGAGGCAUUCAAGCAGCAGACCGAGUGCAUGGUUCAGCAGUACAGCAACUACAGUGUGAACGGGGAGCCCGUGAACGGGCGGCACACCCUCGGGGAGAACAUCGCCGACAACGGGGGACUCAAGGCGGCCUACCGGGCUUACCAGAACUGGGUGAAGAAGAACGGAGCUGAGCAGACACUGCCCACCCUGGGUCUCACCAACAACCAGCUCUUCUUCCUAGGAUUUGCACAGGUCUGGUGCUCCGUCCGCACUCCUGAGAGCUCCCAUGAAGGCCUCAUCACCGACCCGCACAGCCCCUCCCGCUUCCGGGUCAUCGGCUCCGUCUCUAACUCCAAGGAGUUCUCAGAACACUUUCGCUGCCCUCCUGGCUCCCCGAUGAACCCUCAUCACAAAUGCGAAGUCUGGUAAAGGGCUGCAGGACACACGUGGAAGAGGGGGCGGGGCCUGCUGCCAGCUCCUGGGCGGGGCUGCGCUGUGACCCUCCUUCCAGCCUCCAGGCCGCCGCCCAGCCCCUCAGCUGCCUAGGGCCCCUUCCCCACCCUGGAGGGUAUGCAGCCAGCUUGUCUAAGCCUAUGAUGGACCCAAGAUCUGACCCCCAUGAAGCCCUGGCAUCCCAGACACCCACGUGUGAUGCUAGAGGGCGUUUGUGUGUCGAGCUGGUGGGCCUCACUGACAAUGGCCAUGGGACACAGCCCCUCGCCCACAUAUAAUGCCAGUUAUACCACAGUACCACUGUGUCAAAUGCUUUAAAGAUAUAUUUUUGGGGAGACUAUUUUUUAAGCAUUAUGGAAUACACUGGAAAUCUUCAGGGAAAAAAAAACCGCAUUUAAAACACUUUUUUUUAAAGGAAAGAUUAGUAUAUUUAUUAUGUUCUCUUUUUCUAAAUAACCUGUGGACAAAGGAAGCCCCACUGAUUUACCCCAGGGGACCCCAGGCUUCUGAGCAAGCCCCCACACUGAGCACUGCUUUAGCCCAUCGUUGGCGUGAUGGUUCCUGCAGUCAGGAGAUGGAGAGGUCAGCCGAGGGGCCAGGCCUCUGGACGUGACCCUUCUCAGCUCACCUGCCCUGUCUCUGGAAUCCAACCAUGGGAACCCCAGCAAGGAUGGGCUGAUACCCAAAUGCUAGCUGCAGCAGUGCAAGGCCAGACUAGGGCCCUCCCGUGGGGGCACCUGAGCAGUCUGGGCUAGACCAUAGGAGCCCCUCAGGGCGGAGGCCCCACCCCAUAAGAUGCUCACUGUUCUCCAAAGAUGUCUUUCUUUUGGUCCCGCCUCUUCUGGCCUUGGAGACCUGUUGCCUCUCUGUAGCAAUUCCGACAUCCCGAGGUGGUCUGCCUCGCUGACCCUUGGCACCAUGGUAAAGGAAAAGUAGUCCAGUUCUCUCUCCAAGCUCCGUAGCCAGAGUUGCCCUGGCCUGGUUCCCAGGACCUCUUCUCUAGUGCCUUCCCCAAGGCUGUGGCCCCUCAGCUCCACCGAGGAGGCAGCCCCCGCCUGAAGCCCUUGGCUUUCCCCAUGGAGUCCUCAAAUGUCCUGACUAGAAGCCAACACCGUAACCGCUCUCCCAGGACCCCCAGGGUUACUGUCCCAGCCUGCCUACAGAUGUCCAGUGUGGGGAGCUGUUGACCUCUCUCAGGCUUCCAACUUCCUGUGUGUGGCACAGGAAUCAAACCAGUUCUUAGAGGUGGAGGGUCCCCUGUCAUGGGGGUGGAGGGCUGUGAGCCAGAGGAGGCUGAGAACGGUAGGUCCCCAGCCCCAUCUGGGCUACAGGAAGUCAUCCACCUAGCAGCAUCACCCAAUAGGAGAUGUAUGUAUGGGUUCCCACUAGGUGGUGCUUAUUGUUAGAUCUCAUGGUUGCUGUAGGGAGGCAAGCCCCUGUGACCUGUGAGCAGGGAGCCCCUUAGUGCCACCACCCAGCAGGCCACGCCCCCACAUUGCACAGUAACCCCCCUCCCCCAUACCAUAAUCCUCCUUGGCCAAGAAGCCCAGAAAUGUAGUCUCGGCCCUGCCCAGUUCAGGGUUGGCCUUAGCACUGGGGCAGGGAGCUGCAAGCUGGCCCCUGAUGGAGUUCCUGGUCCCUGUAAGCGCGUCCACAGUCUCAUAGCUCCUCGGGGAAAGGCCACACAGGAAGCAGGAAGGUGUUGGAGCCAUGCCCUGCUACAACAUAGAGAUGGACCUUCUGGGCCUGCAUCCUCGGCUCCCUUUAGUCCUCCCCUCCCUGCAGUCCUGCCUCCCCAUGGAGAGGCAGUCCUGGAAAGAUUCCAACACCGUGUCUAAAAGCCAGGGUCCCGAGCUGGGGUUCAGCAAUACAGCCAUUGCUCAGGGUGAGCGGGGCGGCCAUAGCAGGAAGGCCCGGGCUGAGCAGGGACGGAUGGAUGCAAAAACAGCCACCUGCCCCCACCCCGCCCCCAUCCCUCCAGACAUAUGGGAGAGGCAGGAGGAGAAGGGCAGCUGCUCUCGGAGAGACCCCCUCCUCUCAAGCCUGGGCGCUUCCCUGCGGGUACAAGGACAUGGGGUUUGGAGCUGGGGAACCUAUUUUUUGUAUUAUUAUGUUUCGUGCUACUGUAGUUUUGGUGUGGCACUAUUGUAAUUAAAAUAAAGUACUUGUACCAAG